AUGACGCCCGACGAGUGGUACAUGUCGUUGCCGAUCGUCACACGGUACUAUGUAACCCUGUCGUUCCUCACAACCGCGGGCUGCGCGCUCGAGAUUAUCACGCCUUUCAACGUGUACUAUAACACAAACCUAAUAUUCCGGAAAGGCGAGGUCUGGCGGCUGCUGACCAACUUCUUCUUCUUCGGCAGCCUGGGCCUGGAUUUCGUGUUCCACAUGUUUUUCUUGGUCAAGUACUGCAAGAGCCUGGAGGAGGGCUCGUUCCGCGGCCGCACCGCCGACUUCCUUUGGAUGCUGAUGCUGGGCGGCACGCUGCUGACGGCGCUGGCGCCCUUUGUGAAUAUCGAGUUCCUGGGCUCCUCUCUCACAUUCAUGAUGGUGUACGUGUGGGGGCGGCGCCACCAGUACGUCAACCUCUCGUUCCUCGGGAUCUUCAACUUCACAGCCCCCUACCUGCCCUGGGUCCUGCUGGCGUUCAGCGUGAUGCUGGGCUCCAGCCCCAAGGUCGACCUGCUCGGCAUGGUGGCAG